GCAAGUGCAACAUGUGGUGGACCUAACAAAGUGCAUGUCUUCAAUGGCUUGGAAGAAGCUGUUAUUUCAUUAACUGGAUUGGGAACCAGUUCUUAAGGCAUAGGCAACCAGAAGCAGACAUAUACUAUGCCCGACAGCUCCGCAUAUCUUGGGAAAUCAUUCCCAUAGCGCGCUCUUAUAGCCCUGCCAGAUAGAGCACGUUACGUGCGUUCCGCUCAAGGAUGAAACUGACAGUUGAGUAGACUGUGUGUGUUUGCAUAGAGAGCGCCAGAUUGGCAACCCUUGCGUUGGCGGAACCCACGAACGUUGGCCAACACUCAACUUUUGACGCAAGUAAGUCCGUCAACGUUCACAUUUGCCAUUUCAGUAUCAUUCGGGCCAUUUUCUUUUAAUUUUUCGUUUGCUCAAUAAAAUUCCUUAAAAACAAGGAAAACAUAAUUUGGAAAUAUUUAAUGGAGUAUAAAUUAAUAGAAGCGGUGCAAAUGCACCCUUGCUUAUAUGAUAAAAGCAGUGUGGCUUAUAGAAACCGGUUGGCGAAAGAAAAAGCGUGGAAUUAUGUGGCGGGCGCUAUAGGUUGCAGUGUGGAACAGUGUCAGAGUCGGUGGAGGUCACUUCGCGACCGAUUUGUAAAGGACGAAAGCGGAAGAAAGGCGCCUUCUGGGAGUGCUGCAAAUGACAUGGUCAGUAGUGGAUGGAAAUAUUACGAGGCACUGGCAUUCCUGCAACGGCACGUGUCACCACGCAAGACAUUUGACAACGCAACGUUUGGUACCACCAUAGAUCGUGAAAAAUGCACACCGCAGCCUGAGCAUUCCAUUAAUGUAUAUGAGUCGCAACCUCUUUUCGAAUAUUGCGAGAAUGAGGAGCCCGUAUUUGAGCAGACGCAGCAGACAGGGCUAACUACAGUGGUUCACCAAUCACCGCCAACGUCUCUUGUUGACUUCCAACCCGAAAAAGAGCCAAUUGUGACCACUUCUAGAGCAUUGAAUCGGAAAAAAGAUGAAGAGCGAUUGGCCACUAUGUGGAGCCGUAAGCGACUGGCUAAAAAAAUCAGAAGCUGCUCCACAACCAGUUAGCCGUAACUCCGAUUUCUUAAAUGUUCUAGACAGCUAUCUUCUGAAAUAUGAAGAAAAUGUUCAAGACAGAAUGAAAAUUGAAAUACUGAAUUUUGUUUUUAAUGGCGGGCAAUUUGUUGUCAUG